UACGGAAACAUGUACAGAGGUUGUGGGCAUUAUGUUAUCCUGUAUCGUACCGGCAAUCGAACAGACUGCAUGUCGCCAAACUGUGCUCUAAGCAGCCAACAUCAGCACAGGGCUGUGAGAUAUUGUAAUUGUAGUCGGCACACAAACAACAGUCCUCAGCGAGUAGUCAACCUCUUUCAAACGCAAUGCGAUCUCUGUCAAGAGGCAGACUUCCACGAUCGAGGGCGUCGUCGAUAA